UACUUUCGUGGCCAGUGGAACUAGGGUCCUUUCUCAUCACAUGGCCAAUCCAUUUCCAUCUCCUCGUACUAAUGACUCAAUUCAUGCUCCUCUAAUUUGUUUUAGCAGUCAAUUAUAAUUUAUUUGGUGAAUGUGCUGUUGUCGAUUUUACAAGCAAGGUUAUGAUACUAGCAAUAAAGGAGAUGGAGAAUUCAGACUUGGUUUGCGUCAGUGAGAAGGGCAAACUUCAUGUUGUAUCAGCAAGGAACGAAAAUAUACGAAUAGAGUUAAAAGGCACUGUAAAAAGACUUCAAGAGGAACCAUAUCCUGCUGAGUUGCAAAAGCAGACUUUUUAUGAGAAAUCAGUCACUAAGGAUGGUUUUAACGUUUACAGUCCUUGCAGCCUUUUAAACAUUUGUAUGGAAUUUGUCGGUACCAAUAUUACAGCAGUAGAGUCCCUUUGGGGAUUCCCCGACAUUAUUGGAUGGAGGAUUUUCAAGGCCAGCUCCAAAGCUGGUAUAUUUAGAAAAGCUGAUGCUGAAUGCCUUACUGCUUUGACUUUGUUUUGUAAUGCCUAUGGGGGCAACAUACUGGAAUGCUUAAACCUCAGAGAUAGCUGCAAAGUGAUUGAUGAAUAUUUUGAUCAUCUGUGCAAAUUUACUUCUCUUUGUGAAAUUGAUCUGAGCAUGUGUAGGGUUGGCGACGAGCAUGACAUCCUGAUGCAUAUUGCACAGCUAGUGGAUUUACAGAAACUGAACUUGAUGUCAAAUGCACUGUCUGAUAAAGGUAUCCAGAAGUUAACUAUCCCACACCGUGUCUGGAAAAGAGGGCUGCAGAAGUUGAGAGUACUGUAUUUGACAGACAAUGAUCUAAUAACAGAUUCAUCAAUAAAACAUUUGGUUAGUCUACAAAGUCUGAUGAUAUUGGAUUUGACUGGGACAUCUGCCACAAAAAAGGGACUGUCAAUGAUGAAAGAGCAGCUUCAGAUGGUUCGGUCUCAUCAAAAGAGUGAAAGUUUUCAUUGUGAAAACACAGGUUGGGCUGCUGACGUGAUCAAUACAUGGAAACAGUCCAAUCUACUUCCACCUGCCAAGAAGAGAAAGACCAACCCCAAGGACAUGAAACUAAAGUCAUUUUAUGGGAAAAAGACCCCUGUGAUGCAGAGCCUGAAGGAUCCAAGUCCACCAUUGGGUUCUGCUGGUAAAAUGCUAUUAAUGAAGAGACACUCUCCAAUCACAGAGGAAGAAAAGGACAGUAGGAAAUUAAAUUGUAAAUCAUUAUUUCAAAGGACCAAAAGGAAUGGAAAUGGCAAUGAAGCAGAUAGGAUUAUAAACAGUUCUGAGAAUGACAAAGCAAACACUGUUGUGCUAAGGUCAGAUUACAUGGAAGACAUAGAUUUGGAAAUCAUUAAAUUAUACUCUUAAUGGUCUUUCUUAGAAAUGGAAUAUCAUAUUUGAUCAGGGAUAAAACAUUUUG